AUGUACGGAGGACAGGGUGGCAAGAUAAUUGAGAACUUCAGCUUGGCCGUCGGAGAUGAUCGCAAUGUCGGUGACGAGAACGAUAUUUCGACAGAGUCUGGCAGCCCUCCACCAUACGACGAGGCCGCCGCAGGGCCUUCCGCAGGGCCCGCCGGACCUUCACCAGGCCCGGAGCAGCGUCGUUUUGACAAACCCUCCAUGAAGCGAAGGCGGCCAAGUUCGAGCCCAGAGUCGGAAGUAGCGCUGGCUGGUAUCCGUGACCCGCUAAGCUUUUUCGAGGGCCUCUGCAACAAGAUUUGGGAGGAGCGGCAGGCAGGCUUCCGAGAGGAGGUCUUUGCCGAGCUUAGUAGAAUAGAGGCUCAGAUCACGCGUACUGUUGAGGAGCGGGUAAGCCAGCUGCGGGACGAGCUGACUGAUCAGAUGGAGCAGGCUGAUGGGAAUGCAGUCGUUGCAGCCAGUGACCUUUUAGAUGAAGCCCUUGAUGACAAGAUGACUAGCAUAAGGGUUGAGUUGGAGGAUUUCAUCAGGGAUGAGCUGCGUGAUGUUGAGACAAGUAUCUGGGACCAGCUUGAGGCUGGGACGUGGGAGGCAUCUUUCAUGCGGCGCCCGGAGCACCAUUGA